UUAAUCCCAUAUGUUCUGUUAUUUCAUUUACGCGUUUCUCGUUUUAUGCGGUACUCCACGGGUUCAAUUGACCGUGUAAAUGAAGACCCAACUGUACUCUACGGUACAGUAUGUAAAAAAUGGCUGAUUUUGUGAGUCAAAUGGCCAGACAUGGUGAUGAGGAAAAGUGUCUGUGUUUAUACUGUGGUAAAUUUGUUUGUAGUAAUGAUGCUUUACAAAUGCAUUCCUGUAUGACUGAACACACUGAUGUGAUAGAUAUUAAAUAUGAAGACGUUGAUGAAAGCUUUAAGAGUAACUGUGAAACAACUCAACAUGUGGCUCUGCUUGCUGAGAAAGAUAUUAAGUGUGAAGAGUUUGAUGAAAGUUUUAACAGUAACUCUGAUGUGAUAUAUGUGACUGUUGAUGAGAAAGAUAUUAAGUGUGAAGAGUUUGAUGAAAGUUUUAACAGUAACUUUGAUGUGACAUAUGUGACUGUUGAUGAGAAAGAUAUUAAGUGUGAAGAGUUUGAUGAAAGUUUUAACAGUAACUCUGAUGUGACACAACAUGUGACUGUUGAUGAGAAAGAUAUUAAGUGUGAAGAGUUUGAUGAAAGUUUUAACAGUAACUCUGAUGUGACACAACAUGUGACUGUUGAUAAGGAAAAUGUAAAAUGCCAAGGAAGUGGUAAAUGUUAUAACAGGGACAAUCAGAUGAAGGAACAUAUGGUACACAGAGAAAAAGAUUUAGACUGUGGUAAAAGGUUUUAUUCACAAAAUUAUGUAAAUCAGCAUUUGGAUAUACACACUGGUGAGAAACCUUUUAAGUGUGAAGAGUGUGGUAAAUGUUUUUCCAGAAAGUAUCACCUAAAGAUCCAUUUGGUUGUACACACUGGUGAGAAACCUUUUAAGUGUGAAGAGUGUGGUAAAAGUUUUAAAAUAAAGGUUCAACUAAUGAGCCAUUUGGUUGUACACACUGGUGAGAAACCUUUUAAGUGUGAAGAGUGCGGUAAAAGUUUUUCCAGAAAGCAAGUUCUAAAGAGACAUUUGGAUUUGCACACUGCUGAGAAAACUUUUAAGUGUGUAGAGUGUGGUAAAAGUUAUAAAACAAAUGAUCACCUAAAGAGCCAUUUGGUUGUACACAUUUCUAAGAAACCUUUUAAGUGUGAAGAGUGUGGUAAAAGUUUUUCAAGAAAGGAUCACCUAAAGAGCCAUUUGGUUGUACACACUGGUAAGAAACUUUUUAAGUGUGAAGAGUGUGGUAAAAGUUUCUCCAGAAAGCAAGUUCUAAAGAGACAUUUGGAUGUUCACACAGGCUGAGAAAACUUUUAAGUGUGAAGAGUGUGGUAAAAGUUUUUCCAGAAAGCAAGUUCUAAAGAGACAUUUGGUUGUACACACUGCUGAGAAAACUUUUAAUUGUGAAGUGUGAGAUAAUUUUUUUUCCAGAAAAGGUGAUUUGAGGCAACAUAUGUGUAGGCUGCACACUGCUUAAAAAAAAAAAAAUAUAUACAGUGGUCCCUCGGUUAACGAACACAAUCCGUUCCAGCAGGUUGUUCGUUAA